CAAGACAAACAAGAAGCCCUUCAAGAAGACAGCUGUGACAGAGGACAUAUUAUAACCAAGGACAGCGCCAGAUUGCGCCAGAGCGCUGCGUCAGGACGCCUCUUCAUGGUUGGAGGGCUGAGACGCACAGAGAAAACCUCAGAGCAGCUCGGCAACCCUGAUGAGAAGCUCUUCCACCUCUCAGGAACACACAUCAAAAUUGAAACGUCUUCAUAUUGACACACAGUAAGCUUAGAUCAGUUUUUUUCCCCAAUGUAUUAUUUAAGUCACACGGAGGCUGGCGCAAGAACCUAAAAUCUAAAGGAAUAUUUUCUCGAAAAAGUGAAGCUUUUUGGAUUCACGGGGAUGAUUUCAUUAAACAUCCUCUGGGAUUAAAGUUAAAAUGUCUGGAGAAUUCACCGACUCUAACUACGAAGGCUCAGCAGGGAUAAUCUUUGCUGCAACCUUCAACUUCAGCUGCAUUUUCAACAACACCAACCGCUCCGACGGCGACUACUUCCACCUGUCAGACUUGGACAAGACAGAUUUUGUGGGAGAUGGCGCCGCUGUUGUGAGGAUUAUCAUCUCCGUCAUUUACUCGUUGGUUUGCGCGCUGGGCCUAGUUGGGAACUUACUCGUCCUGUACCUGAUGAAGUCAAGAAAGGUGUGGAAAAAAUCCUCCAUCAACCUUUUCGUAACUAGUUUGGCUGUGACUGACUUCCAGUUCGUCCUGACUCUGCCGUUCUGGGCAGUGGAGAAUGCGCUGGACUUCACGUGGCUUUUCGGCAAAGCGAUGUGCAAGAUCGUUUCUUAUGUGACAGCCAUGAACAUGUACGCCAGCGUGUUUUUCCUGACCGCCAUGAGCGUGGCGAGGUACUGGUCGCUCGCCUCUGCGCUGAAGGGCAGGCGGCGGCGGGCGCACUGCUGCUCCGCGCGGUGCAUCAGCGUUUUCAUCUGGUUUGCCGCUGUCUCCGCCGCUCUGCCGCACGCUGUUUUCUCCACAACCGUCACAGUGUCCAAUGAGGACUUGUGUCUCGUCAAAUUCCCGGAAACCAACGGAACCGCGCAGUUUUGGCUGGGUCUCUAUCAAUCUCAGAAAGUGCUGCUGGGUUUUGUGGUGCCGCUGGGCAUCAUCUCAGCCUGCUACCUGCUCCUUUUGCGCUUCAUCACCUCCAAAAACAUCAACACAUCGAGCGCCAAGCGACGCGCCAAAGUCACCAAGUCUGUCACCAUCGUGGUCUUAUCCUUUUUCCUCUGCUGGCUGCCCAACCAGGCGCUCACAGCCUGGGGCAUCCUCAUCAAACUCAACGUGGUUCCUUUUAGUUAUGAGUACUACACCAUGCAGGUGUACGUUUUCCCCGUGUCCGUGUGCCUGGCGCACUCCAACAGCUGCCUGAACCCCAUCCUGUACUGCCUGAUGAGGCGGGAGUUCAGGAAAGCGCUGAAAAAACUCUUCUGGCGGAUGACUUCGCCGACCAUAAGGCCGAUCACAGCCACCACAAAGCAAGAGAUGAACGAGCAAGGACACGUCCUGGCCCCUGUCAGUGCGCCCGAGGAGCCCGGUGUGGUGUUUUACCCUCCGGGCGCUGUUAUGUACAAUGACUUGCGAGAUCUGCCGCAAAACAGCACCUGAUCUAAAGUUCCACAGGGACAGUUUUUAGUUGUUGUUUUUUUUUUAUCCUCUUUGUUAUUUAUAUGCAUUUAUGUUAAAUACUCAAUUUCUUGACUGCCAGACGUCAGGAAAGCUGUAGUCUGAGUCUAAAUUAGAUCUGCAGGUGAGAAAAAGCGCAUAAAUAGACAUGGGAUCUGUGAUUUUUGUACUUCACUGCUCUUUAUAAUAAAAGAGGAAAAGGACAUUUCUCUUGUGCAUAAAGAAAGAACACAACACGCAGUAUUUUGAAUGUGCCUGCCCAAAACUGUAAAAAAAAAUAUAUAUAUAUAUAUAUUAAUGUGCAAGUAAAGUGCAUCUGCAAUAUGUGAGACACUUGCUGGUCCUUCUCUUUGUUCAGGAGGAGAAAAACACUCAGGAGCUCAGUGAGGAUGAAGGAUAUCCAAACACUAACUAUAGGUUGGAGUAUUCAUUCCGCCAAAGAAAACUCUGGACUCAUGGUUCAUUAAAAUGAUUCCAGUGAGCUCCACAUAGUGAGGUACAGAUUUGAAAUGAAGGGAAAAGAGGGCUGGUAUCGGGUUGGUACCCGGUACUGAUAACCUGAUCAGAAUCUGUAUCGGGAGGGAAAAGGCUGGAUCGAUGCGCAUCAUACAGAUCAUAAACCUAUAUGGACAUCUAUAUAGUCUUUAAAUAGUCAUGCAUUUACAUUUAUUCAUUCAUAAUUAAUGCAGAAACACAUUACAAUUAAUUAAGAGUUAUUGGAUUGCAAUUUAAACUACCGUUUUUAUUUACUAUAAUAACCUAAUGGAAAUGUCAGAAGAACUUGCUAUUUAAACUACCUUAAUCUCCAUUGAAGCAGAAGAAAAAAAGCGCAUACCUCUAAAUGUCAAGCUGAGUGUCUGGCAUAGUCAGACCAAUCUGCACACACGUUUUUGGAAGCGAUGGAGAGAGAACUGAGUGCAGCUUCAGGUAGAGUGAGUGCACUUUAGAUUUAAUUUAAUUAGUCAUAACAACCAGGCACAAAGGGAAUUUGAAAAAUCCCUUCAUUACUAGUGUCUCCAUGAAUCAACCCAUCAGUAAUGUCUUUAAAAGUACAUAUAAGGCCUCCAUUAAUGUGGAUUUAAUGAAGAAAUUAGGAGCGUUUAACAGAUAAAAUCGUGUGGUCGAUUUCUACAUCAUCUUCGCCACCACAUGAUGUUGUCAUGUGCAGGAAUUCAGAGGGGUCAUCUCACUUAUGUUUCAUUUGUUCAGGAGAGUUUGUAAAUUAUGUACUGAUGUAAAGCCAUCAGUGAUCAACUUCAGCUCCUUUCUUCACUAUAUCACCCUUUAAAUAAAGUAUAUCAGAUAUGGA